AUGAACCCAGACUCCAUGAUGGCCGCACUGUAUGUGGGUGAUCUGCACCCUGACAUCACGGAGGUGAUGCUGCUGGAGAUGUUGAGCCCUGCAGGACCCAUUCGCUCCAUCCGUCUCUGCAGGGACAGGGACACCGGCUCCUCACUCGGCUAUGCUUAUGUCAACUUUCACCAUCAAGCUGAUGCUGAGCGAGCGAUGAAAAUGUUUAAUUUUGAGCUCCUGAUGGGGCGGCCGAUACGGAUCAUGUGGUCUCAGAGGGAUCCAUCCAUGAGGAAAACCGGCAUUGGAAACCUUGUCAUCAAAAACCUGGACAAGUCAAUUGACAGCGGGUCCCUUUAUGACCUUUUCUCCGUCUUUGGAAAGGUCCUGUCGUGCAAGGUGGUAGAAGAUGAGAACGGGUCCAAAGGGUAUGCCUAUGUCCACUUCGAGUCUAUGGAGGCAGCAGAGUUAGCAAAGAAGAAACUGAACAGAAAACUGCUGAACGACCGUAAAGUUUUCAUUGAGCACUUUAAGGUCCGUGAGCAGCGUGAGGCUGAGGUGGGCUCCUGCUCUCACCCAUUCAACAUUUACACCAAAAACCUGGGAGACGACGUGGACGACAAUCAGCUGAACACCAUCUUCAGCAAGUUUGGACUAAGCCUUAAAAUUGUCGGUGUGUGUGUUGCAGGUCCUGUGGUGAAUGCCCGCGUCAUGACAGAUGAGAGCGGGAAAUCCAAAAGUUUCGGCUUUGUCAGUUUCCACAGGCACGAGGAUGCACAGAGGGCUCUGGCAGAGAUGAAUGGACAGAUGCUGAACGGCAGGCAGGUGAUUGUGGGUCGAGCGCAGACGAAAGCAGAGAGACAGGCUGAACUCAAACAGAAGUUUGAACAGGAAAGGAACCUGGCUGCCAUGUAUACAAUCAGACAGAUACUCAAGCCCCACCCAUAUCUGUACUGGACCGGUGCACAGACCAUCGAACAGCAAUAUGUCCAGAAUGCUCCAGUGGCAGACUCCGUGCCAGCUGGAGGCAACUAUCCAGCUGUAGACACUGUCCCUGCUGUGGAGAAAAGCCCAGCUGGAGAAAGUGCUCCAGCUGUUGAGUAUGUUCUUGUUCAAGAAAAUGCUCCAGCUGUUGAGCACGUUCCAACUGGAGAAAGUGCUCCAGCUGUUGAGGAUGAUGUACCCACAUACUCACCAGCUGGGAAACGGUUGACUCUGUACAUGUUGGAGUCAUCUCCAGUAGACGAACAGGUCCGGAUGGCAUAUGACUACAUGUUAGCUCUGGCUGAGCAAAUCCACCCACACCUGGUGAAAAAGAUCACCUGGAUGCUUCUGGAGGGCAAAAACAACUACGAAAUUAUGAACAUGAUCGGAGAUCUCAAGCUCCUGCAUGCCAGAGUGCAUGAAAUGGACGCUAUCCUGAAGGCGACGGAAGCUGGUUACAAGCCGGAAGCCCUGAAGAUGCUCUACAACAAGAGCAAGAACGGCAAGAAGAAAAAGAAUAAGAGAAAUUAUUAUUAA